UUGUAAGUUGUCGUAGAAACGAGCUAAAUGGAGGGAGUUUGAAGCAUUGAGCGUACCGCCACUGACUUGGUUUGUGUCAAUCUUUGCUCUAAGGAGCCUGCACGUUAACUGAUUUGACCACGGGAAAACAUUUUCAUUGACAUUCACCAGUCACCACUGUUAUUGUAGAAAAUAGCGCCAGCCAACUCAACAAAAAAGAGGUGCAUGUGCGCGGGCAAGUGACUCAAAAAGUUGCCAAACCGUGUAAACUUAACAACAUCAUGACCCAACAAGGAGCAGCUCUACAGACCUACAACAAUGAACUUGUAAAAUGUAUCGAGGAGCUGUGCUCCAAGCGUGACGAGCUGAACCGUCAGAUCCAGCAGGAGGAGGAGGAGAAGACUCGUCUGCAGCACGACGUCCGCGUCCUCACGGAGAAGCUGAGCCGCGUCAACGAGAGCCUCGCACGCCGCCUCACCGCCCGCGCCGACUUCGACCGCACCAUCGCAGAGACGGAGGCAGCCUACAUGAAGAUCCUUGAGAGCUCCCAGACUCUGCUCAGCGUGCUGAAGAAGGAGACGGGGACCCUGAGCAAAACCACCGAACCUCGAGCGAAGGACCACUGAGCAGGUCGGGCGACCCCUGACCCUGACACACCCUCUCUCUCACCUCCUUCUCUUCCUCUUCUCAUCUAUUGUCCUGUGGACUGUUUGUAAGAUAUUUAUGUGGUAUUGCUUUGAAUUUUUGAAUGUGUCUGAAUGCUGCCCUUACUCGCACACUUUUGUAUACAUUUGAAUUAUUUUAAUAAAGAUUAUCUGUGAAUGAA